GAUUAAUACGGGCACCGGCAGAGGCAGAGUCACGCCCACAAACCAUGCGAUGAAGAUGGCGACGAUGCCUUCAGAAACCGCUUAAAUUUGUUUUGAUUCUCGUAAAAAUAGUCUACUUCGUGAUUUUCUACUGCAGGAAGUUGAUUCGGAAAGUGGGGAAAAAUGCCACGGCGCACACGGAAAACAACGGAAGGCAGCGUAAAAGAGGUUGUUGCAACACCAACCAGGCGCUCCAGCAGAGCUGUCAAACAGCAAAAAGCAGCCGAAUGGAGUGACGAGGAAGAAGAGGAGGAAGAGGUCAUGCCGCAAACUAAGAGGAGGGGCAGAGCGGCGGCUGUGGCGGCUGCUGCUGCAGCCGCGGCUGAAGCCUCCAACAGUGACGAAUCAAGCGCUGAGGAGGCUCCUCCACCAACAAGGGGCAGAAGGGGUCGGGCUGUAGCCAGUGAGCCCAAAAAGACGCCUGCUAGACGUGGACGUGCUUCAGCAGCCUCGGCUGCUGCGGUUGAGACUGAGCCAGCAGCUGAAACUGCUAAAAGGAGCACUAGGGGCAGACGAGGUGCCGCUGAAGAGGUAAAACCUGAUGAGGCUGUAGAUAAAAGUCCCACUAAAAUGCCACCUAUCCACUUAGCAACUAAACUGAGUCGGACUCCCAGCGGUCACUGGCUUGUGUGCCCAAGCACAACUGAGCCUGAGGAUGAAGAUGAGGACCAACCGGCUGAGAGCAGUCCUCCAAGGACUCGCACCCGACCCACCCGCGGAGCGGGUAAGGCGCAGAAAAAGACGGUUCAGCAGAAGGAGUCUGCCUCCUCUUCGUCGUCAAACUCCUCUUCGGACAGUGAGGAGUUGCCUGCGCCUCCAGCGGCGAAGGUGGAAGAAAAGGCAGAACCCUCUGUCGCGCCACCAGAAGAAGUUGUGACUGUCGCUGAUGGAAAGGCUGUUCAGGAGGAAGCUCCUGAGGUGGUGAAGCAAAAGCAGGAAAUCGUUCCAGAGGUUGCCGCUCCAGUUGUUCAGAAGGAGCCUUCUCCUGCACCUCAAGCUGCUGCAGCACCUGCUGAGGUGGAGAUUGCUGAGCCUGAUCCUGAACCUGUGAAGAAAGUUGAGCCACCACCUCCUGUAGCGGAGGAAAAGGUUGAAGAACCUGAAAAAGUUGCUGAACCCGAUAAAGUUCUAGAACCUGUUGAAGUCGCGGAACCAGUAUUGGAACCUGUGAAGGGUGCAGAAUCUGGAAAGAUUGCUGAACCUGUCAAGGCUGCAGAGCCCAAAAAGAUCGCUGAACCGGUCAAGGCUGCAGAGUCUGAAAAGAUUACUGAACCUGUCAAGGCUGCAGAGCCCAAACAGAUCGCUCAACCUGUCGAAGUCAUUGAACUAGAACAGGUUGAAGAACAAGAAACUGUCGUUGAACCAGAGAAAAUCGCUAAGCCAGAAAAAACUGCUGAUCCUGAGAAAAUUGCUGAGCCAGUACAAGUUCUGGAGCCAGAAAAGGCCGCUGUUCCUGAAGUUGCGUCUGAUGAACCUGAGGCCAAAGAGCCAGAAAAGAUUGAAGAACAGGUCAAGGAGAAGUCUCCAGAAAAAGAGCAGAUACAGGAUGAACCAAUGGAAACAAGUACUGUUGACGAGUCGCAAGGUAAGGAGCAGGUUGCUGCAGCGACUGCUGGCGAUGAGGAAGACAAGGUGGUGCAAAGUCCUGGCGAAGUUGUGUGCGGCGACAUCUCUGAACAGGAUGAAGUGGACAGUGCUGACGAAGUCACGGGCAAGAGACAGUCAGAGCAGUCGCGACGAAGGCAGCUAAGUGACGAAAAGAAUAAGAGGAGGAGUGAUGAAAGCAGAAGCGACAGGCGCAAUCGGGACCGCUCAAGGGAGAGAGAACGCCGACGUGACCGACGCAGCCCUAGUCCUUCAAGAAAGAAAAAGUCUGAGAAAAGAGAGGAGAGUCCUGUCAAGCCAAAGCCACCAAGGAAGGCUGAGAAAGUGUCUCUCAAGCGUAGCAGACUGGCCGAAGGGAACAAGGAGCCUGACACCAGCUUGGACGGACCCAAGAAGAAGAGACGUUGGGGUCUGAGCAACGCGGCCGGCUUGCAGAUCAACGCUGCAGUGGCUAUCUCGACAGACUCUCUUAAAGAACUUAUUCCAGACGCUACAUUCGCCCCUGAGGAGGAGGUGAAGAAAAUUCUAGAGGAGGAGCCACUCCCAACCCCAAUGGACAUGGCGCCGGCAAUGCCCUCGGCGUACACGGACGACGCGGCGAAAGAGGAAACAGGACCGCGCAAGGUGUCAAUUGUGCACAUGUCCACGGAGAACAAGCCGAAGCAACCUAUGACCCCUCCGAAGUUUGAGCUGUCGACCGUGCUGCACAUCACCAAUUUGGUGAGGCCUUUCACGCUUCCGCAGCUGAAGGAUCUCCUAAGUCGCACUGGAACUAUUUUGGAAGGCAGAAUUUGGUUGAAUAAGAUCAAGUCCAGAUGCUUUGUUGAAUUUGAAACUGAAGAGCAGGCAAGUACCACAAGGCAAGCUUUGCAUGGCAUCAAUUGGCCCGUGACCAACCAGAAGCGUUUGCUUGUGGACUUUGCCAGCCGAGACUUGAUGGAAAAGUACAUUAGUGCGCCUGAGGAGACUGUGGUCAAGAGGGUUGAGCAACCUAUUGUCACUUCCAAUGGCUCUGAUGCACCAGAAAAACCUGAGGUGGUUAGCAGGCCAGAGGUUGAGGCCAAAUCUUCCAACAAGAGUGACUUGGAGGAACGCGCAGCCCUGAUGCGAAAGAAGGCUGAAGUGAUCCGAGAGUGGGAUUUGCACAAACUUAGCCAGACAGAGCCGCCCAGGAGGGAGCUCGAGGAACGACGACGCAAACGCUCUGCUUCUCCUUCUCCGCAGCGCAAGACAAAGAGGAAGGAAGACGAGCCUCCUCCAAAGAUGCUGGAUGACUUAUUCCGCAAGACCAAAGCAACUCCUUGCAUUUACUGGCUUCCGUUGAGUGCUGAGCAGAUCGCCUUGAAGGAGAAAAUGCGGCUGAGGCGGCUGCAAGAGCAUGAGCGGCGGCGUGCCGAGCUCAACAAGAAAAGGAGCUCGCCGGUGCCGGUGAGAGGUCGGCCGCGGAGCCGCAGCCCAAGGCCCCGGCGCCUCUCCGACAGGCAGAACUCUAACGCCUGAACGGAUAAGCUCCAGACAGUCUGAGGAAUAGCGAGAGAGCAGCAGCUGCCAGCAACGAAUCCUGUCUCUCGGACGGAGCCAGCCAACAAUGGUCUGUGCUCCAACUUGGCAAAACAAAUAUGACAUAAAAAAAGAAAAAGAAAAUUCAAAAAAAUCAUCUUAGUUCUUGUUGCUAGCAUUUGGUUUUUGGUUUCCUUUUGUCUGCUCACGCCAACCCAUUUCCUCUUGCACUCAUCUUGUGUAUAAUUAUUGCUUGUAGGUGUUUCUUGUCUCCAUCACCCUUUCCUUGUCCCGCUGAUCCCUCCCUGCCCUCUCCCCGUUCAAUUCAAACAUUCAUUUUGCAGGAGGUGCGAAUUGACUAACCCCAGAGUCCAGUUGAUCUGCAAAGCGUAUUUUAUUUCUUCAGGCUAGCCGCGAGGAGCGAGUUAAUUUUUGCGAGGCGCGCGCACACUCAGUUGAUGGUUGUGGUCACUGUUAAGUUGCGGCGCCAAGUUGAUCGAACACGAAAGCGUUGAAAGAACCCCUGUGAACCCUCUGCGGAAAAAUCGAUUUGCUUCUUCCAGCCGCACUCACUCGUGCGAUCGGCAAGAAAAUACGCGACAGGAGGCGACACACCUCGUGUCCACUCUAAACUGAAGACGCCAGCAGGCCUCAAGAAACCAAAUUGUACCUUGUAUUUUCACGACUCUGGCGACUCAACACAAUAAAUAUAUGGAAACACGCAUUCAUUUGGCCAAAA